UCAGGGGCACGGUACAUACGGGGCACACCUCCGGUUCCCGGGUACCUACCUGCUAGGUACCUCCCCUUGUCGUCGAUAAGUACCUACCUCCUCUAAGCACGUACUAUAAUGCGUUUGAUAGGUACAGGACAGCCUAACCUGCCUUGGACACCUGUCCAGCCGACCUAAUCUCUUACCUAACACACAUCUUACACAGCUUGCUUGCUGUUGUCAUCAUACAACCCAUCUCUCCUUCAACAAGCUUCCUUGCAAAGAGAAGCGCUGACAUCACGGACUACCUCAAAUCCCUUCCGGCUAUCCUACCUCAUCUACGCAGUAGCCGUUCUAUCUCACGGCUUGCCAUGUUCUUCCAGGGCAGUCUGCAAGACGGCAUCGCCCUGGCUGUCCAGCAAUCCAAGCUAGUGGCCUGUUUCGUGACCGACGAUGGGGAAGAGAGCAAGCAAUGGGAGAAUGAAUUUCUCACUGAUGAUUCGCUGAAAUUGUUACUCGAAAGCCAGGCCGUAGUGCUACGGCUCGCCGCCGGUUCCGAGGAGGCGGGUUUCUUAGAGGCGCUAUUCCCUGUACCACAGAAGCCGACUGUGGUCGUCAUCCAGAAUGGCCAGCUGAAAGAGUAUCUCCAUGCAGGGACUACGAAAGAAGACUUUGUUCGCAGGAUUGGGGUGGUUUUAAGGCAAGCAACGGGCCAAGGUCAACCGGCGGCACCAGCACCGGUCGCUCCGGCAGAACAAGCCAUUGAUCAGACUCUAUCGCAACUCCCUUCCCGAAAUCCGACUUCCACUUCGAGUAACGAUCUUGAUGACUUGUACGACGAUGUACCGGCUAUUUCUGGCCAGGCGCAGCGCGAGUUGGCUGACAGAAGAGCUGAGGAGGCAAAGGCCAAGGAGGAAAAGGAGGCAAAGGUUAAGGCAGAGAAGGAAGCAAAGGCUAAGGGAGAGAGAGAGGCAAAGGCCAAAGCGGAACGGGAGGCUCGCGCCCGGAAACUCCAGGAGGCCAACGAGAGCAACAAAAGCGGGUCAUCUAGCAACCACGCUGCGGAGCGUUCCUACGCCGAAGAAAUCAGACAGAAGAAGCUGCAGGCCGCCGAGGAGAGGAAGCGGAUUCUGAAGCGCAUCGAGGACGACAAGCUCGAGCGGAGACGGCGUGAAGUUGAGGAGAAGCAGGCCAGACUCCUGCUCAGCGGAAUCACCCAGAGCGAGGACUCCCCAAGCCCGACAUCUCCCACCUCCCUCCCUCGAAGACAAGGACCAGCUAGCACGUCGUCGAACGCAGAUCACUGCAAUAUUCAGGUGCGGCUAUUCGACGGGUCGACGAUCCGCUCUCGCUUUAAGAGCGACAGCACGCUGGCCGGCGACGUCCGGGAGUGGGUCGACGCGGAACGCACCGACAUCGACGAGGGGGGCAAUGCGCCGCCAUACACAUUUCGGGUUGUCCUGACACCGCUCCCGAACCGGGCCAUCCGGCCUAGCGAGGAAUCCGAGACCCUCACCUCGCUCGACCUGGUGCCAUCCGCUACGCUCGUCCUGGUGCCCUCGCGAUAUGCAGCCGCCUACGCCGGCGUCGCGGGGCCGCUCUUCGUCUGGAGAGGUCUCAGCUACCUGCUGGGCCUGUUCGGUACGGGCUACGGGCUUCUCAUCGGUGCGCUCGGCGGGAUCACAAGCAUGCUGUUCGGCCGGGGAGGACGGCCACCCCGGACCCAGCGACGACGGGAGACGGGAGGCGAGGAUAUUUCCCUGCGAGAUCUGCCCUCUGACAGUGCUUCCGCCUCGCGCAUCAGGGGCUUUAGGAACCCCGACGACGAGAGACGGAACGCGCAACUGUACAAUGGAAACUCGCUGAACUUUGAACCGCGAAGAGAUGAAGAUGAAGGUAAUGAUGGGAAUGGUGGACGUGAUUAGCCGCCCGGCAUACUGUAUCAGAAGCGAGAAGGAAGUCUCGGAACCCUGUGACUGUGACAGAGGUAGCAUGGCCGUUCCCGAUGUUGUCCCUGUUCACUAUAGCACUCCCUAAUGA